CAUUUAUUCGCGUCAAAAUACUAAAAGUUAAAAGACGGGCAAAUUAACUUAUUAAAAUGGACAAGUUCAUUGGCAAAUUCGUAGAGACCUCGUGUGAGAAUUUGGAAGCUUUUACUAAAGUAUACAACGGGAAACCCGGCGAUGAUGAUGAUGAAGCCGUGGGUGCCGUUCCCGUCGUACGGGUACUGGAGUUCAGCAAAUCGGGCUCAAUCUACACGAACAAAGUGACUGUCGGCCCAAAGGUGGUCGAGACUACGUUCGAGUUGGACAAGGAGUUUGUGGUGAACCUGCCCGACGGCACCACUACUCAGGCGGUGAUGAGGUUCGACGGCAAUCGGCUCGUGGAAACCCGACGCGGAGCAAACGACAUUGAGAUCGAGACUCGUUUCGAGAUUCAGGGCAAUGAGAUUCGGGUGACCAGUACUAUGGGGUCGGCGGCGAUGAUCGUCACAUUCGCUCGCCAGUAGACAAUGAUGUAUGAGCAAGGUG